GGAGUGGUCCGGUGAGUUAAAAUUCUUGUAAAGAAGUUGGUUACCACCCUUAUUUAUUUGAAAGCUGUACCCCGAUAUUCUUUUAUUAAGUGAACCCUUAGUUUCUCCAACAUAAAUUAAGCCACAGAGGUUACACUCAAUAGUGUAGACAACGUUAGAAGAUUUACAAGUCAAAUUAUCAAAAGUUUUGAUAUAGAAACUACGUCCUGUGAUAUUAGUACUAAAUGAAUUUCUAUAAGUGUCACAAGUUUUAGAUUUUUUUACGGAACAUUUUGAGAUCGAGCACAUUGGAUUCUCAGGAUAUAAACUGACUUUCGGUGAAUCUGUCGUCACUAGUGCUUCAUGUGUCAAAAUUCUUGGGAUAUUUUUCGACAAUACACUUGGCAUGGAGUGUCAGAUAAGUGCAUUAACUAAAUUAUGUUAUUUCCAACUUCGGAAUAUCGGUAGAAUUAAAUCUCUUAUAACGGAGGAUACGUGCAUGUCACUUGUUAGAUCAUUGAUUACAUGUACCAUCUUCGCAAGCCAAGUGUCUGAUUCGCUUACUCUCAUCUACAAGAUGAGAGUAAGCGAAUCGGACACUUGGCUUGCGAAGAUGAUUGAUUACAUCCCGUCUUGAUUAUGAAAUGCGCUUCAUUAUAACGUUAAUUCAGCAUCCUUGCAAAAGUUACAGGUAGUUCAAAACACUGCUGCCAGGCUAGUGACACGUUCACAGAAACAUGAGCAUAUUACACCAAUUCUCAUAUCGCUUCACUGGUUACCUGUGACAUAUCGAACGAAAGCAUUUGAACCAAUGAUAGGUUGUAUUGGCCAACUAGAUCGUUAUAACCACCAUAGAAUUGCAAAAUGCUGACGUUAAACGAGACUGUUGAAACCCCUGCGUCAUCAACGUGUUUGUCAGUAGGCUGCCUUGAUUUAAAAACUGACCAUACGCAGAACAAGCUCUUGCGUAUCGAAUAAAUUGAGAUAAUGGAAUAUUGCUACAUAAAUAUGGGAAGAUGACGAUGGAGAAACUGAAAUCACUCCGUUUGUCAUAAAGUUGAGUUGUUAUUUUGCCUUUAAUAUCUACUUCCAAUAAAAUAUCUAAGUAUGAAGCAGAAGUGGACGACUCUAUAGAGGCCUUUAUUUCGAGGUCACAGGGAUAUAUCGAAUCGACAUUUGAAUGAAAAUUAUUAUUUUAUAUAGAUGAUAUGUCGUCGAUAUAUCUAAAUGUUGAUUUGAAAGCCACAGCAGGGAUUUUUUUCUUCUCACGUAGAAGUUUUUGAAUAAUUUCUGCUUUAUAGAAAUAUAAAAACAGGUCAGCUAACAGAAGAGCACAAUUCUUGCCCAUGGGAAUUCCAACAGACUGUUGGAAAACCUGAUCACCAAAUACCACGAAGAUAUUUUCAAUGAGGAACUCUAGCAUAUUUUGUAUUUCAACUUCAGAGUACUUGUGCGUGGAAUCAGAGUGGUGUUUAACAAAAUAAUGUUUUGGAUGAGUGAUCACUAGAUAUGAAUAUUUCCGUUUUAUAUGGCCUUCAUCCCUACCAAGUUCUGUUUUUACAGCAAGCUGAAGACAGGUAUUACCUAUCAAUAAUCGAGGGCGGAGACCACAAAAAAGUGCUUUUCCUAGAUGUCAUUAACAACGGAAGUUGAUUUCUAUGCAUCUCGAUAAGGGCGCUGUAAUUGCAAUAGUGAGCAACGAGUUGACAGUCCCUCUCACUUUCGUUUUUGCUUUAAUAGGUCAUAUUUGUACACUUUCUAACGAUAUACAGAGAUGUGAAGUGAAUUACAGUAUACACCUACCACGAUAAUUUCCUCAUUCAGACUUUGUGAUAAUUUUUCAACUCGACAAUCAAAUUCAAACUCUAUAACAUUUCCUUCGAUUGUAAAUAAUUUCAUUGCUGAUUUUGACCAUUCACAUGAAUUCUAGAUAUUCAUACCUCUACUCAGUCUUGGGUAAACAGCCCUCAGGUUACACAUCCGGGGGGUUUGGUAUUUUUAUUCUAUCAGGUGGAACAUUUGGGUCGACGUUUGUUGAUAUAUUUCUUACUUGUCAGUUAAGAAAAUUCAUUAUUUCUGAAAAGUCAACAUGAGCGAAUACCGAAGACCCGAUCCAGAGCUUUUGCAGAACUUGAAAGACAUUGCAAAUAAACUGCGAAUUCACAGUAUUCAGAUGACAGACGCCAGCAACUCGGGACACCCAACGUCAUGUUGUUCUAUCGCAGAGAUUAUGUCUGUCCUGUUCUUCAAUGUCAUGAAGUACACUAUCGCCGAACCAAGGGGAGAUAAUACCGACAGAUUUGUUCUCUCCAAGGGUCAUGCUGCUCCCAUCCUAUAUGCUGCCUGGGCAGAGGCGGGCUUAUUUCCAACGUCAGAACUUUUAAAGUUCCGUAAAAUUGAUUCUGAUCUGGAGGGACAUCCCACCCCUAGACUCAACUUCAUUGAUGUGGCUACUGGUUCCUUGGGACAAGGCUUAAGCUGUGCUGCAGGAAUGGCGUACACCGGAAAAUAUCUAGACAAAGCUGAUUACCGUGUUUACUGUAUCGUUGGAGAUGGCGAGAGUGCAGAAGGGGCAAUCUGGGAAGCUAUGUCCUUCAGCAGCCAUUACAACCUAGACAACCUAGUGGUCAUCUUUGAUGUGAACCGUCUGGGUCAAAGUGAACCGACUACCCUGCAGCAUGACAUGGAUGUUUACAGGAAGAGAGCAGAGGCUUUCGGUUGGAAUACCAUUGUGGUAGAUGGACAUGAUGUGGAUGCCUUGUGUAAGGCUUUUUAUGAUACCAGCACUGUGAAGGGAAGACCAUCAUGUAUCGUGGCCAAGACCUUCAAAGGCAAAGGGAUCCCAGGCAUUGAGGAUCAGGAAAACUGGCAUGGUAAGCCUUUGUCUGCAAAAUCAGAGGCAGCAAUCCGGUCUCUCACAGAAAGUAUUAAGAAUAAAGGGCCCCAUGAACUGACACCAAAAGUACCCGAUAACAUCGCCAAACCUGUCAACAUCACCAACAUAAGGCUGUCUGAACCUCCCACCUACAAUAGAGAAGCUCAGGUUACCACGAGAGCUGCUUAUGGAUCUGCCCUUGUGAAAAUUGGCAAGAGUAAUGACAGAGUGAUCGCAAUGGAUGGGGAUACUAAAGAUUCAACAUUUUCCAUCAAGUUCAAGGAGGCUUUUCCUGACCGCUUUAUCGAGUGCUUUAUUGCUGAGCAGAAUCUGGUUGGUGUAGGAAUUGGCUGCGGAACCAGAGGCCGAACUGUUCCAUUUAUCUCCACGUUUGCAAGCUUCCUGUCCAGGGCAUUUGAUCAGAUCAGAAUGGGCGCCAUUUCUCAGACAAAUGUUAACUUUGUGGGUUCUCAUUCUGGUGUUUCUAUUGGUGAAGACGGUCCCUCCGAGAUGGCGCUGGAGGAUCUGUCUAUGUUCCGCAGUAUCCCCGGCUCCACCGUGUUCUACCCUAGUGAUGCCGUGUCUACUGAGCGGGCUGUAGAGCUGGCAGCCAACACCUCUGGUGUCUGCUUCAUCAGGACUACCCGUCCAAACACCCCCAUUCUGUACAAUGCAGACGACAACCUGCAGAUCGGGAAAGCCAGGGUGGUACGUAAGAGUAACAGCGACAAAGUGACAGUGGUCGGUUGCUGUGUUACUUUGUUCGAAGCCCUGAAGGCAGCAGACAAACUAGCUAUUGACGGAGUCAACAUCCGAGUGAUCGAUCCUUUUACCAUUAAACCCAUCGACGAAGAAACAAUUCGAAAAAAUGCCAAGGAGACAGGGGGAAAGAUUAUAACUGUGGAGGACCACUAUCCAGAAGGUGGUCUUGGUGAGGCUGUGUGCUCCGCUGUCGCUUGCUGUCGUGCGAUCACCGUGAAGAAGCUUGCUGUACCGGAAAUUCCGCGAUCUGGUAGGAGUGAUGAACUCCUAGAGAAGUAUGGAAUCAGUGCCAACUGCAUUGUCAAGGCUGUCAACGAAAUGUUGUCCCAGUACUAGAGAACUGCAUUAAACACCAGACUAUGGAGAUCAUUUAUGUGCAUACUUUAUGUGAUGAAAAUUACACUAGAUGUAAGAUAAGAUAAAUGUGUGAAGAAUA